UUUGUUUCAGCUCUCUUGUUUUGUUUCCGGAUUCUAUAUAAACUAAACUCAACUUAACAUCCAGUUUGCAAACAUUCUCGACCUUUUUCAUCAGAAUAUCCUUAACGAGAGAGAGAAAGAGAGAAGAGAGAGAGAUGGAAGAGGUAAGGAGAUCAUCGUCGAGGUUUAAUAGAAUAUGUGUGUUUUGUGGUAGCAGCUCCGGUAACAAAGCUACCUACCAAGAUGCUGCUGUUGAGCUGGGCAAAGAACUGGUGGAGAGAAGGAUUGAUUUGGUUUAUGGAGGUGGAAGCGUGGGUCUGAUGGGUCUUAUUUCUCAGGCAGUUCAUGAUGGCGGUCGCCAUGUUCUAGGGGUUAUUCCAAGGACCCUAAUGCCAAGAGAGAUAACUGGAGUGACUGUUGGGGAAGUAAGAGCUGUCUCUGAUAUGCACCAGAGGAAAGCAGAAAUGGCUCGCCAAGCUGAUGCCUUCAUUGCACUCCCCGGUGGAUAUGGCACCCUAGAGGAACUCCUUGAAGUCAUCACCUGGGCUCAGCUUGGUAUUCAUCGUAAACCUGUUGGCUUGUUGAAUGUUGACGGAUACUAUAAUUCCUUGCUGUCUUUCAUUGAUAAGGCCGUUGAUGAAGGGUUUAUUUCCCCCACUGCAAGGAGAAUUAUUGUGUCUGCCCCGACCGCCAAAGAUUUAGUUCGAGAGCUUGAGGAAUAUGUUCCGGAACAUGAUGAGGUAACAUCGAAGUUGAUCUGGGAAGAGGUCGGAAGACGCAACUAUGUACCAGAAGCUGGAGUUUCCACAACAUAAUAUGCAGCUCAGACAAUGCGGAUUUUUGGGUUUGGUUAUUCUCAGUAUAUAGGUUGGUAUCUACGGUGGAAACCGUAAAUGCAUCCCCAGCAAGUUAUAUAACCUUUUGUUACUCGGAAUUAUGCAAAAUAUAUAACUAAGACGUUCAUAUAAUUACAUCUUAUGGAAAGAACGUAGUUACCUUUACCUUUUAUUAUUUUAUUAUUACAGUAAGCGGUGUAUUCUGUUGUCGGGAAAAUGUUAGGUAUCUUAAAAAAUGUUCUUCGAGCAUUUUAUUCGC